AUGGGGGAAGUGGUCACUACUACUAUGGCUGGGAAAAUAGUGGACUUGUUGUUUAAUGCGGCUAAAAGAGAGAUUGAUUACAUCCGAAAUUACACUAAAAAUGUUGACAAGUUGAAGAGUGAAACUCAAAAGCUCAAGGGUAUGAGGGGUAGGAUUCAACAACGAAUCGAUGCAGCUAAAGAGAAUGGAGAAGCUCUCUUAGAUGGUGUGCAAGAAUGGAUAGAUAAGGCAGACAUUGGAAUAUCCAAGGCGGAAGAGUUUCUCAAAGAAGAAACCAACGACAAGAAGACGUGCUUCAACUUACAACCAUGUGUCGAUUUGGGCACCCUAUCCCAUUACAGUAAAAUGGCGAUAAACAAGACUUCUUGUCUUCUGGAUAAACAAGAAGAUGGCAAAACUCAUGAAUCUUGUGUCUCUAUUCCCACUCCCACUCCAAGAUUUGUAGACCUCUACCAAAAAAAGAAUCUUGAUGAUAUUGGUACCCACAAGUUGGCGUUGAGGGAAAUAAUUCAAGCUAUCAAAGAUGACAACAUACAAAUCGUUGGAAUUUAUGGGUUAGGAGGUGUAGGGAAAACUACAUUAGCCAAGGAAGUUGCUGCAGAAGUGAAGAAUCUAUUUGCAGAAAUUGUGUUUAUAACUGUCUCACAGACUGUAGACAUUAAAGAGAUUAAAAUGAAUGUUGAUGUAGCUGCAAAGCGGAUAAUUAAUGGGGAGAAGGUUCUAAUUAUUUUUGAUGACAUAUGGGAAAGGCUAGUCCUUUUUGAUGUGGGCAUACCAUGUGGAAAUGACCACAUGAAUUGCAAGAUCUUGUUGACAUCUAGAAGCAGAAAUGUAUGUGAAGUGACGAAUGUUGAUAGGAAUAUCUGUGUAAACACUUUGAUGAAAGAAGAAGCGUGGGUCCUUUUCAAACGUAUUGUGGGUGAAAAGUUAACGAACAAUGAUAGUCUGGAGAAAAUUGCAAGAGAAGUGACUGAAGAAUCUGGUGGAUUGCCACUCGUCAUUCAAGUCGUGGGAAAUACUUUAAAAAAUAAACCAAUUCAUAUAUGGGAGGCGGCACUUGACCGGCUACAAAAGCAUGCCCCUCUAGAGAUUGCUCCAGAGAUAAGGAAAGCAUUUACUCAUUUGAAACUGAGCUAUGACUUACUUGAUAGCAAAGAAGUUAAAUCCUGCUUCUUAUUGUGUAGUAUGUUUAGAGAAGAUGGAUACAUAGAUAUGUUACGUUUAGCAUAA